AUGUCAGCGACUACUAAGAAGAUACACUUGGUAAGACAUGCUCAGGCGGAGCACAAUGUCGGAUCGGACUGGACGAUCCGUGACGCACCCCUCACCGACCUCGGAAGGGAACAAAGUAUAGCAUUGUUAAAACGAACUAGGGAUGGUAUCCAACAGACCGCCCAACUACUUGUCUCCUCUCCGAUGAGACGAACGUUGGAAACCACCUUGAAAGGAUUCGCAACUUUGAAGGAGAGGUUGGAGAAGGAAGGUAAAAAUGUUGUAUUGCUCGAUAUUCUCCAAGAGGUGGAAGCCAACCCAUGCGACACACCUCUACCCGUAUCCGAACUGAAAACUACACUUAAUGGUAUCUUCGAAGAUUUUGACUUCUCCUCAAUCUCCCCCGAGUUCACCACCAAGGGAGGUAUAUUUCACCCUGACAAUGUGGAGGAAAGAGCGAGGAGGGUAAGACUUUGGUUGAGAGAUAGAGAGGAGGAGGAGAUUAUAGUGGUAGCACAUGGCGAUUUGUUACGAUACGUAAAUGGACAGUAUCCCCCCAAGACAGGUAUGCACCCAUGGGACAACACCGAAGUCCGUCUUUACACUUUUGUCUCUUCCUCUGAUCAAAACGCAACACUUAUUGAGAUCUCACCAGAGGUCGAAGGUGGACCUACCUCGUCAGGUCCGACGAGUAGUGAGAUGUAA